AUGAGCCACGCGGUCUACGGCGGCGAGCUCUUCCUCAUUUUGGGCCCCUCGGGCUCGGGCAAGACGUCGCUCGUGACGAUCCUCGCGGGCCGCAACGCCACGGGCUCCUGGAGCGGCGCGCUUCUCGCCGAGGGCGCGCCCGCGGGCCGGGGCCCGCGGCGGUCCACGGGCUUCGUCGACCAGCAGCCCCUCUUCUUCAGCACGCUCACGGUGCGCGAGUCGCUGACCUACACGGGCCGGCUGCGGCUCCCGACGGUCGGCGCCAAGGGCGUCCGGGCGACGGUGGAGCGCGUGCUCAACGAUCUCGACCUGGGACGCUGCGGCGACACGUACGUCGGAGACGAGCGCCUCAAGGGCAUCUCCGGCGGCGAGAAGAAGCGGCUGCAGAUCGCCGCGGAGCUCGUGUCGGACCCGAACACGCUGGUGCUCGACGAGCCGACGAGCGGCCUCGACGCGGCGACGGCGCUGUUAACUGUAAGAUCGGUGUCGCGCAUCGCCAACGACGGCGCCAAGGCCGUCGUCGCCGUCGUCCACCAGCCGCGGGCCGCCCUCAUGCUCCUCUUCGACAUGGCCCUCGUGCUGAGCGAGGGCCGGCCGGCCUACAGCGGCCACCCGGGCGACGAGCUGCUGCGGCACUUCUCGACGUUGGGGCUGGAGCCGCCCGCGCACGACAACCCGGCGGACUUCGUGAUGGACCUCGUCGCCGUGCCCGACGAGAUCUUCGAGACGGACGCCGAGUCCGUCGCGGCGCUCGACCUGCGGAAGCGGGACCGGACGCGCGUUUUGGACGCCUACGGCGCGUCGCGCGGCGCCGCGGACGCGGCGCGGCGCUACGGCGCGGCCGCGGCGGCCGCCGCGGGAGAAGCGCGGGAGCGGCGCGAGCCCGCGCCGUCGUCGUGGCUCUACCAGUUCGACGUGCUGGCGCGGCGCGCGUUCACCUACAAGUUCCGCGACGAGAUGGUCGUGGUGACGCAGGUGUCCAUGGCGCUCAUCAUGGCCGUGCUCCUCGGGGCGAUCUACUACGAUUUGGGUCUAGGCCAGGAGUCGGUGCAGAACCGCGUCGGCGCCGUGUCCUUCUCCAUGCUGCUCAUGUCCUUC